UAUAUCUGUUUCGUUAUUGCAGAUGAUUUUUGAUUUCACCUUGAAGCAGUUGUAUGGUUAUGAUUGGGAAAAAUCAUUAGAGAUGCGACAUAGUGAGAAGUUUUCAAGCUUAUUGCAUGGUCUUUUGUCCCUUCCUUUGGACAUCCCUGGCACUACUUUCCACCAAUGCGUCAAGGAACGCAAGGAAUUAUUAAGCAUGUUGAAGGAUAUCGUACAAGAGAGAAUCGAUUCCGAUAACAAGUUUAGAGGGGACUUCCUUGACAGAGUAAUGGAAGACAUGAAAACUGAGAAGUUUUUAACAGCCAAAUUUCUAUCCAAUUUGAUGUUUGGAAUUUUAUUUGGAAACUCUGAGCCAAUCUCUUCUGUUAUACUUUUGACUUUGAAGUUGUUAUCAGAGCAUCCUUCAAUAUUUGAGGAGCUUACAGCUGAAAACGAGGUAAUCGUUAAAAACAGAGAGAAUCCAGAUUCUUCACUCUCUUGGAAAGAAUACAAAUCAAUGACUUUUACACCUAAUGUUGUGAAUGAAGUUCUUAGGUUGGCAAAUGUUGCACCAGAGCUGCUAAGAAAAGUCACAAAAGAUAUCAAAUUCAAUGGACCUUGAUCCAACUCUUAUAUCAAAGAAUUUUAUGCCUUUUGGAGGAGGGGUGAGACAAUGCGCAGGUGCAGAUUACACUAGGACAUUUGUAUGCACUUUUCUCCAUGUAUUGGUGUUCACAUUAGGGGAGGAAAGAUUGUUCGGAGACCCAUUUUGGACUUUGUAGAUGGUGUUCACAUUAAACUCACGCAAAAGAGCAACUGAUACCUGAUGAAGAUCGGCUGCCGUGGACUCAAAUAUUGCAAGCUUUUUAUAUAGGGCUUUCAGCCAAGAAAUUAUGUUAUAUGCUUUUUUAUUUUUUGUGUUAUUAAAGUUGUAACUAGAGAUUGUUUUAGAACAGCUACCUCUGUUGGUAUUUUUUUAUA